GUCAUACGUUAGAGUAAGCAAAUCCAGAUUACCUUAUGAGAAACCAAAAUUAGGUUAGCCAAAUUAUUCAAAUACAAUCAAACCUUUGUUCAAGAGUCAACAGUUUACCUGUAAAGGCCUUGCUUUUGAAAGCACUAUCCUGGUUAGGUACGCUCACCCCAAUGAAGAAAGUCACAUUGUUUUUUUUUUCCCCACUAUUUCUUCUUUGAAAGGCAAAACCAUAAGAUAGUUCCUCAUAUAGUCUAGUACUAACUCCAACGGGCAACUUGUAGUUGACUAAGGCAUCAAAAGCUACCAUGGAGUGGUUUAGUUCUGCUAUAUUUCUUUUACUUUGGCUUAUUGUUUAUUUGUAUAUUGCUAUAAACAGGAAAGUUACAACAACUUCAUUUAACUUGAUACCUUUCUAUAUAAAGAAGAUACCUAUCUUGUAUCCUUACCCAGUCAGAACUCCCAAUUCCAAAUAAGAAAAAGAAACACAGACAUGUUCAACAUGGUUAGCAGAUCAUCAGUUUUUAUGUUCUUGGUUAUUCUAGUUGUUUCAGCGCAUGUGUCGAUGGCACUGGCCGCGGCUGACUCCAUAGCAGCUACUGUAGGAGAACCAGUUAUGGAGCUUUACAUGCAUGACAUUAUUGGGGGCAGCAGCCCAACGUCUAGACCGGUGACCGGCUUGUUGGGGAACAUAUACAAUGGCCAGGUACCCUUUGCUAAGCCAGUUGGGUUCCUUCCGCCUACUGGUGGAGUAGCGAUCCCCAACGCGAAUGGCGCCAUCCCAACUGUGAAUGGCAUCAAUGGAAUACCAUUAGGUACUGGUUUAGCUGGUACAAAUUUUGCUGGGGAAUCAAGUAAUCCUCCUCAAACACUGUUAGGAGCUGACGGAUUAGGACUAGGAUUCGGAACAAUCACUGUGAUUGAUGACAUACUGACCUCUAGUCCUGAAUUGGGGUCACAGUUUGUGGGCAAAGCACAAGGAGUAUAUGUGGCAAGUUCAGCAGGCGGAACAACACAGAUGAUGGCAUUUACAGCGAUGUUUGAAGGAGGUGAAUAUGGUGAUAGCCUCAAUUUCUAUGGCAUAUACAAGAUAGGAAGCGCCAUGUCUCGUCUUUCCAUCACCGGUGGCACCGGGAAGUUCAAAAAUGCUUGUGGAUUUGCAGAAUUGCGAGCACUCAUACCUCCUGGUCAAUUCGCCACAGAUGGUGCAGAGACAUUGCUCAGGCUUACUAUCCAUCUAAGCUACUGACAGUGGCAAACUGAGGUGCAACCUGCAAAUGUAAAUCGCAGGACGACAACGUUCAGCGGAUUGUCAAUUUCCUUGUAUUGAAUCAAAACAUUCCAAUUUCUCCAUUGUACUUCUGUCUAAAGAACAUUUACAGUUUCCUGUUGUAAUUUGGUAAUGGCAAAACUGAAAAAUCUUGUUCUGUCA